CCUUUUACCUCUUCUUUCUAUUUGUGUCAUUAUUGACUAGACCUUUGUUGCUGGCAGAUAAAACUAAGGUUCAUUUACUAUGUUGCAUGUCCCUGAUCCACGGUCGCGUGGCCGGUCCAAGUCGCCCGGUGCCAGGGGUCGCGGUGUGGAGCGGUCCAGGUCGCGCGAUGCUCGCUAUGAGAGCAGGUACGAGGAGGAUGAGCGGUAUUACCACUCCGAGGAUGAUCGAUCGAAGUAUCAGUCUCAUGAGAGAGGAGAGUCGAGAUACCGCAACAGACCUGCAUAUGAGCAUGAUACGGACAGCGACUCGGCAGAUGAGGAUCUGGCGUACGGCGAAGCUCCCAGUCACUACCGCCUGUCGUCUUCGCCGGACAAGAAGACGCCGAAAUCUUCUUCUCGGCAGCAGGAGUCUGGCAGUCAUCCUGCCUACGGGCGACAGCAGCAGUACCAGUACGCCCAGCCAGCGGGGUAUCCUCCUCAUCCUCCUCCCCCCACGACCUCCGCUUCGUCCGACUGGGCACCGAUCCCCGCGUGUGAGAUGCCGGGUUUCGUGCCGCCCACGUCGCAGGCUGGUGGCAGUGGAAGCAUGCCCGGUGCGUUUCCCGGUUCCGAGCCACAAAGUAUUCCCCUGCCUCAGUACGUGAGUGUACCGCAGACGCAGACGCACAUGCACACGCAGGCGCAUACGCCCACCAGUGCAUAUCCCCGCGUCCCGUCUUCCAAGGCGUACGCCAACCCGCCCCAAUGGCAGUAUGCGCAAGUUGACGCCGGGUCUGUCAAGUACAGCAAUAAGACAACGAUCCCCGCGAACAAUCACCCCCCACCACCUCCUCCUCCUCUUGCUCCUCUUGCUCCUGUGCAGCCCGUCAGCAGACCGUAUACGAUAAGCAGAGAGCCGCAAUUCAAGACGGAGCGUGUGGUGCCGGGAAAUGGCCGUCCUCAUAGCCUUUCCGUAUCAAUCCCUGGCAGUAACGGCAACGGGAAUGGUAACAGCCAUGAUAGCCAUCAUCGCAGCCACAGUUUGUCUGUCGGAGGAGGAGGUGCUGGGUUAGGCGCCCGUCCGCCUGCCAGUCCGUUGCUGGAACCGUACAAGGGCACCUACCAGUCGAUCUCGCCGAUGCCGUCGCCGAUCAUGGACCCGUCUAAGCUGGAUGAUGACUUGUCGGACUUGGAACUGUUCGACAGCCGUUCGGACUCGGACCACCGCCGCCGCAGGACGAAGGGUAUCGGCGGCGACAAGUCGGACGAUGAGCGGCGGCGACUGCGAGACAGGUCGAAGAUACGCGACAAAUCGGAUGAUGAGCGACUGCGACUGAGAGAUAGAUCGAAUAUACGCGACAAAUCGGAUGAUGAGCGACUGCGACUGCGGGAUAGAUCGAAUAUACGCGACAAGUCGGAUGAUGAGCGACUGCGACUGCGAGAUAGAUCAAAUAUACGCGACAAAUCGGACGAUGAGCGACUACGACUGCGAGAUAGAUCGAAUAUACGCGACAAGUCGGAUGAUGAGCGACUGCGACUGCGAGAUAGAUCGAAUAUACGUGACAAAUCGAGGACGCGAGACAAGUCCAAGUCGCGCGAGUCGUCGCUGACUCGUAGCAGCAGCACGAGGCAGCAGCACCACGUCCGACACGACUCGGCUGGACAGCCGGCAUCGAUGAUUCUGAUCUCCCCGGCGAGUGAGCGCAAGAAGGUGAGCUUUUACGACGCGACGGAGGAUGCGCUGGCGCUGGCAGAGGCGCUGCAGGGCACACGGAGCGGGGUGGACACAAAGCCGCUGAUCUCCAUCCUACCACAUCUGACCGAUGAGGAGAUAAUGACGCUGCGCAAAGAAUACAAGAACCACGUGAAAGUGCAAGGCAAGGGAGUCAACAUCGCCAAGCACAUCCGGCUGAAGCUGCCCUCGGGAUCCAUGGGGAAAGCAUGCUACGCGACGGCUCUGGGCCGGUGGGAGUCGGAGGCAUUCUGGGCCAACUGCUACUACCAGAGCGGUAGCUCGCGGCGCGAGCUGUUGAUCGAGUCGCUGCUGGGCCGUACGAAUUCGGAGAUCCGCGAGGUCAAGGCUUGCUUCCGCGACUCGCGCUACGGCGAUAGUCUCGAGCGCUGCAUGAAGACCGAACUCAAGGCCGACAAGUUCCGCACCGCCGUCCUCCUCGCCCUCGAGGAGUCUCGCCAGAGCGAGCGUGCCCCCGUCGAUCUCGACCUCGUGCAGCAGGAUGUGCAUGAGCUGCGUCGCUCGUUGGUUGCCCGCGAGGGCGGCGAGACCGCCAUGAUCUACAUUAUCGUCUUGCGCAGCGACUCCCACCUGCGUGAGGUCCUACGCGCCUAUGAACGCACCUACCAGCAGAACUUUACCCGGGCGAUGCUCUCCAAGUCCAACAAUUUGGUGGGCGAAACACUCGCACAUAUCCUCAACGGAGCAAUCAACCGACCCAUGCGCGACGCCAUGUUGCUGAACCAGGCGCUGCAUGAGUUGCAGCCGGGCAAGGAGCGCUCGGAGUUGCUCAUCUCGCGCCUGGUUCGCCUACACUGGGAGCCCGGGCAUUUCGAGCUCGUCAAGCGCGAGUUCCGCAAGCGGUACAACGAUCGACUCGAGAACGCCAUCGCCGAGGAGAUACUCCCGACCAGCGGGGGGAGUGAAUGGGGGGAGUUUUGUAUCGAGCUGGUGAGGAGUGUGAGGUGAUCAUCGCCUGAGCACUCCUCGCUUGUGAAUACACGUUACCUAAUAACUAUUUA